AGCUCCUCCCGCCCCCUUGCAAGGGGCGGUGCUCCAGCGACUCCAGUUUCCGCUCGUUCCAAGAUGGCGGCUGUGAUGCUGUCCUGGAUCCGCAAGCUGCCCUGCACCAGGCGGACCCUGCACACUACCGCUAUUUGCGCCAAGAACCGGGCAGCCAGAGUUCGAGUGAGUAAAGGGGACAAGCCAGUGACCUACGAAGAGGCGCAUGCACCGCACCACAUCUCUCAUCGCAAGGGGUGGCUUUCCCUGCAUACAGGUAACUUGGAUGGGGAGAAUCAUGCUGCAGAGCGAAUUGUGGAAGAUGUUUUCCUGCGAAAGUUCAUGAUGGGCACCUUCCCAGGAUGCUUGGCUGACCAGCUUAUCCUGAAGCGCCGGGCCAAUCAGGUGGAGAUUUGUGCCCUAGUCCUGAGACAGCUGCCUGCACACAAGUUUUACUUCCUCAUUGGCUAUAGUGAAACUCUGCUAUCCCACUUUUACAAGUGUCCUGUGCGUUUGUACCUCCAAACUGUGCCCUCAAAGAUUGUAUAUAAGUACAUCUAGAACAGUCAUUUCUUUUUUUGCAUCAAGCUCUAGUCUUCAAAGAACAGAAACACCAGGAAAGGGGUGAAGUAUAAAUGGAAAAUACUCAGGAUUUGUUUUCAAAGUAUGAUUGAGUAAAUAGUACUUAUUUUUACUUCUCAAUAUGUCUUUACUCUUAGGAUAAGGAAACUGGAAUAGGAUUUCUUUGAGGUCCCAAGCUAUUGGGAUAUCUGCCACUUGUCUGAGAUUUGGCUAUUAGCUACAGUUUGGUUAGUAAUAUGUGUCAAAUUGUAUCAAGCACUUUUCUUUGUUUCCUUUCAAAAUUGAAAGAUCUGGUUUUGCUGACUAUAAAAUAAUUUUUUUUUAAAUUAAAGCAGUAUAGACAUGUAUCACAUAAUCUUGAAACAUCCUUGUAUUUCUACCCCAUGGAGAAAUAUGAACAGCUUUUUGCAUUUCAUUUCCAUAUGUUCUUUUUUCCACAACUACUUUAAUGUAUACUCAUCAUUGAUGAAACAAGUUUAUAACUGAGCACCUUCUCUGUACCAGCUAGUCUUCUAAGGGGUUGGGUCCCAUCAAAGAACAAAAAUUAUUUCCAGGUACUUUGCCUUUAUGGCACUUGUGCCUUUGGAGGACUGUUUGGUAGCCUUGGAGAUUCCAGACAAGUGUGGGAGAUAGACAUGCAGGUAAAUGCUCCCAGAAAGAGUGUUCCAGAAAGCAGCAUAUGCAAAACUAUAUUUACUGAUGGUAAUAAGUCACCAACCUUCAACUUGAAUUUGAUACCUUGACCAUGACCCCACUACCCUUAAUUUGAACUUGAGCCUUUCCCUAAACUUGACCCUGAUUUUUCCCACUAAACCUUGUUUUCACUGGCAGUGAUGCUCUCCCUGCGCUUACUCACAGUUUGACCUAUACUCUCAACGUCACUACUCAGGAUCCACUGGGACCCUUGAUCCUGUUGACUCAUAAUCUUGAUCAUUACUAUGACCCUCAUGUUUAACCUAGUUAUCCAUUUGCAUUUGACCCACACUUCUGAUUUUGACCUUAGUAUAAACUGACCUGAAGAUGUUAGGACCUUCAGACUAUGACUGACAGAAUCUCACUCUAUAACUAAUUGCUUAUCGUAAUUGUUUGUCAAAUACAACUGAACCUCAGCUAUACUUAAGUUCCUGACUAUCAUGACCCCAAUACAUGGACAUACUGAUUGUGAAACUGAACUUGAAUCUUAACCCUGUCACUGUAACCCCGAUGGUCACCAUUUCCUUGAUACUGACCACUUGAAAGACCCAGAUCUUGACCCUGAUUCUUUAUGUCUCCAAGGCAUAAAACAUGUUUAAUAUGCUGUAGUAUCAUUGCUAUUGUGGUAAUAGGCACCUUUUUCACAUUGCAUAGUUACUUUAAGGGGUGUGACAUUUAUGUUCCUGUCAUAACAAGUUUGAUGAGUAUAAUACCAUAUUGUUUUCGCUGUAUUGUGCUUUGCAUCUCUAGCAUUAAUUUACUACCUGUUAGAAGUUGGUGUUCUUAACAAUUUUUCCUAAUUCCCCAUCCCUCAAUAACACCAUUUAGUUCUCUGGUUUUUUACAAGUUUGACUUUUUUAAAUUCUACAUAAUAAUGAUAUUAUACCACACUUGUCUUUCUCUAUUACUUUAUUCAGCAUAAUGAUAGACCCAUGUUGCCACAAGUGGUGGGAUGUCCUUUCUCAAAGCAAAAGUAAUUGUCCAUUUCAUAUAUAUACGCAUAAUAUCCACAUUUUCUAAUUCUAUAACAAGUAAAAUGUUAUAUCACAUCUAUCUUUUUAUUCAAUCAUCUAUUCAUGGACACUUAAAUUGUUUCCAUAUUUUGGCUAUUGUGAAUAAUGAUUGAGAAAUAUAGAAUAAAUUUAUUGAAAACCU